CGCCCACCGCCCUCACAACACCCGCUACCACUUGCACACAAGACAGAGAGAGGGACCACACCGAAGGCAAGGCUACCGAGCAGCUCACCGCGCACACUGUUGCUAAGUUUUCACACGACCAGGGACCUCUGCCGUUGCGGAUCGAUCAACACCCAUCUUACUUCUUCUCGGGGAGUGGCACGCAAACGAGCGAAACCACAACCAUGGCGUCGGCUUCUCCUUCUUCGUACUUCUCGCUGGAAGACCAGUUCACCUUCUACGCCUCAUACCACAGCAACCGGGUCAACAAGUUCAUCCACCUGCUGUGUAUCUGGCCCAUCAUCUGGACCGGCUGCGCCCUCAUGACCCAGUGUUCUUUCGGAAAGCUCCCCGCGGAGGUCUUGGAGCAGCUUCCCCUUAGGGAUGAAGCCUGGAACCUGCAUCUUGGUACUCCGGUUGUGAUGGUCUACAUCUUCGUCUAUCUGGUGAUGGACCCCUUCGCGGGGGGCGUGGCCUCGUUCAUGAUGGCUUCGACCUACCUCACGACCAACCUGUGGAUGGCUGGCGGAGGCUCCGCGCGCCUGGCCACCGCCGCGCACAUCGGGUGCUGGCUAGCGCAGUUCUACGGGCACGCCGCCCACGAGGGAAGGGCCCCGGCGCUCCUCGACAACCUCUUCCAGGCUUUCUUGGCAUCACCGCUGUUCGUUGUGUGUGAGGUGCUCUUCGACCUCGGGUACAAGAAGGACCUGCAAAAGCGGAUGAGGAUCAAGUCUGAUGCCAACAUCGCCGAGUUCCGCGCAUCUAAGGCUGCUGCGGUCAAGAAGGACUGAUGGUACAUGUGAAAGCGUUCUUCUUCGUGCUCCGGCGGUGUGUGGCUGCGAUAUUUUCUGCGGUGGACUUCCACGAACUUGAACUAGAUCUGCUAAACGUGUACAGCACUACCGGCCGACUGCUAAGAAAAUUAUGUGUUAACAAGAAUAUGAAUAGUCACAAUCCCGAAGAAUGAGAAAGCUGGGAACCCACAGAUAGCUACAAGCCCGGCAGUGGAUAGAUGCUACGCUGGAUCAACCUAUAUGGUUGUCUAUGCUUCAAGAUGACGACGAAAAAGGAACUGAGG